GUAUGUACCUCCAAACAGUUGUUUUGCUUGGAACAUUCUCGUUUCAAAAUUCCUCUACUAGGUACACCAUAGGUACCUACCUGUCUAUCAAUUAAAUAAUUCAAAGAACGUCACAAUAUGCUCCUCACGUCAAACUUUUAUUUAAAUCAUCAACGUAUCUUCUCAUCUCAGUGAAACCUGGUGAGAUCACAGCUCCUUCCUUGUUAAGGCGUGACCCUUAUCAUUUUUUUGCCCUGAUAAACACACUAUCACUGUUAGCCUGAUUGCCUACCUUCUACCUUUCAAUCAUAACUCAAGGAAUAACAUAGCUUUCAACCACCAACGAUAAACUUACUUCCCGCAUGGUCAACUGUUGAAAUCUUCAACAAUGGCACAUAUUUCAGGCGUAGGGGCCUUCUUUGUCAUAGUUUUAACCGUCGCUGUCAUCGGAGGGUCUGCUUGGAUCAUAUAUACACAUUUGCGCGCACGACGAUUGGGCUUACCACAACCAUCUUUAUCAUCCUACAACCCAUUCAGCGGCGGAUCCGAUAGGUAUGGGGGUUCCGGGUCGGGACAAGGUGGAAUGGUCGGAUGGGUGAAGGACAAAGUUAAUGGUUUGAAAAAUCGCAAUAAUCGAUCAGCAGGAGGAGCAUAUGAGGAGCCAUUGAGCAGCAACGUACGUGGUCGCGCAGCAAAUCGAGGUUUUGGUCCACUGGAUCCUGAUGACGCAUGGGAUGCCCGAGUAGGAACUGAAGCGGAUGCAUAUGGACCUGGAGGAUAUUUUGAGGAACAAGAGCUUGGCUUACAUGGCGGAAAUUCGGGUGUCGCGGGAGCGUCGGGUACGGCACCUACGGGCUUCUCAAGUCCUCCUCGUGGUAGAAGCUUGAGUCGCGAACCGGAACCAUAUAUCGGGGGAUCAAAAGCUGGGCUCGAUAGACGUUAUGAUGAGGAGAUGGGAUUACAACCAGCGAAGAAUCCUUUCGAUGACCCAAACCAACUGAGAGGUGUUAGUCCUCGACCAAUGGAGUCCAACACAAAGAACCAUAAGGCGCACGAUGACAAUCAUUCGGAGAGGAGAUCAAUAUUUAGGGAGGAUAUGUAGGGGAAUCAUGAAUGGAGGUUACGAUUUCUAAAUGGCGACACGGUACAAUGGGUUAAUGAAUCUGCGAUGCUUACCGGGCGUGGCUAUAUUUAUAUGGAGCGAAGGAAAAUCACGAAUGCACAUCCUAUUUCAAAAGCUGAACCACAAUAUUCUUCCAAAGUUACCUAGCAAUGAUCAUCUGAAUGUGAAGAGCUAGGAAACGUACUAAUCAGGUACCUCGGCUUUAUUGAAGCUGUGCAUAAGUUUGAUGUUUCUCUAUCGGUCUGUCCAGGAUGAGAGAAAGCUCUCAUGAGCUAAUAUAUCAGUACCUGGUGCUGAUCUCUAUGUGGCCCAUGAAAAUUAUCAUUUCCACGAUAUCCUUCUGCAAAGAAGACCGGUGGUACGCUGCCUUCCUUUCACAGUCAAACGGACGUCACUCAAGAAUGUUACAAACCGACCUCCCUCUUGUCUUCUGUUCUACUUCUAAUGAGUGCGACACAAUUACUGUUCUAUACUAUACUCUAGAAUUCACCUUCUUGAUCCCACCAGUUCCUGCCCAAAGUGCUCCCCAC